CACAUUCACAAGCAGCUAAUUAACUUACAGAUUAGCAAUAUGGAAAUCAUUAUUCUCUCCAAGGAAAAAGUGAAACCAUCCAAACCAACACCUCCAAACCUAAGAAACCACAAACGAUGCCUAUUUGAUCAACUAGUACAUGAAACAUGCAUCUCACCUAUCUUCUUCUACAACAAGAAGAAGUCACUUUCAGAAAUAAAUAACGCAAAUAUUAUUGAUAAUCGUCUCAAGAAUUCCCUCUCGGAGACACUAACGUUGUUCUAUCCGCUUGCUGGCGAGCUCAGUUCAAAAAAUUCAACUUUUGUGGAUUGUAAUGAUAAUGGAGUUCUUUACGUGGAGGCUCACCUAAAGGGCGUUAGUCUAGGUGAGUUCCUUCAAAACCCUGAUCUUCCACAACUCAUUAAAUUCCUUCCACAAAAUGCCAGCAUGGGUAGCAAGAUGAACUAUGUUCAAAUUCUUGAAACCCCAGUUUCUGUCCAAGUUACUAGAUUUGAUUGUGGUGGGGUUGCAAUUGGUGGAGUCUUGUUACAUGACCUCUUGGAUGGAGCUACCAUGAGUAAAUUUUUCAACACAUGGGCUAUGAUUGCACGUGGCGAUGAUGAUGGGAUUGAAAAGAUCGCGACUCUUGAUUUCACAUCAUCAUCACUAUUGUUCCCGAAUCAAAAUCUUCCUCAAAAUUUUCUGGAAACUAGGAACGCGUUACUUUUCAACGAGGAGAAGUCCCUUCUUAGAAGAUUCGUGUUCAAUGCCAUAGCAAUUGAAGCCAUUAAGAUGAAAGUGUCUAGUGAAAAUGUACCUAAUCCAACUCGAAUCGAGGCACUAACAACUUUCAUUUCGAAGCACAUGAUUUCAGCAACAAGAGGAGUAAAGGAAAUUAGCUCAAGACCAAUAUGCAUGGUGACACAUAUAGUGAACUUGAGAUCAAAACUUUAUCCACAAUUGCUUAAUGCUUUUGGGAAUUUAAUCUUUCUAGCAAAAAGUGAUUAUAUAGAAAUGACUGAAGUGAAGUUGCCUCACUUGAUGGGAAUAGUGAGAGAGAUGUUUGGGAAUAUUAAUAGUGAAAACGUAAAGGCAUUAUUAGAAGGUGAUAAUGCUCUUGAUUUUGUUUUGGAUAUGGCAACACAAGUUGGGAAGUUGUUGCCAGUAUUAGAUACUUACAAGUUCUCAAGUUGGUGCAAUCUUGGACUGUAUGAUGUUGAUUUUGGAUGGGGAAAACCUAUUUUUGUUGCUCCUUUCAUGGACACUAUAGGCUCAUUGAAUAAGCAACAAAUUAUUCUGGUGGAAAAUGGAAGGAAUGAUGGAAUUGAGGCGUGGAUAGUUAGAAACAAUGAAGAAAUGCUGGAGUUGGAGAAUGAUGAGGAAUUUCUAGCAUAUGCAUCUCCAAAUCCUAGUGUCCAUGUCCCUUGAAUUAUUCAAUUAUAUUGGAUGCAAUAGUCAUAAAAAGAUGGAAAUUUCUGACGUAUGUUCGAUAGAAAACUCAUCAAAAUUUGGCUCGUUAGCAACGUUUCCCAUGGAUUUCUGAUUGAUUAUUCCAUCAGAAAUUUUCGUUUCUUAGUAGUGUGUGCUCAAAUCUAUAUAUAUAUAUGGAGACAUUGGAGGAUGCUUAUGUGGCACCUCUCAAUGACCUUUAUUUGUAUUUUUCUUUUUUCUCUUUUUUUUUGGGGGAAUUUCUCCCAUAUAUUUUGCAUUUAUGUGUUAUAUAUAAAGUCCCCCAAAAAUGCUUAAUCAAUUCCCAUAAAUCUAAAUCGUAUUUAUUUCAAUUGA